AUGCAUGCCGUCUGGCUUUGGGAGCACGACGAUAUUGGUGUAGAAAUCCCUCUUCUCGGGCACGUCUUCCUCCAGUGCCUUCUCCACGCCCUUGAGCUUAUUAUCUUCGUGUACAGUAUCCGCGGCGAGCAGACAAUCGGGCGGGAGCUUUGUAGACGGCUGGACCAUGACUGGGUUGCAAUUGUGGGACGGCAUCGAAUCCAGAUCAAAUCGGCAUCAUGUGUUGGUUUCUACUUGGAGAUUUCCGACUUCAUGAAGGGAGCGCAUGCAAAUUCUAGCCCACAUUCCUUAGUAGUAAUGCAACAUCUUCUCAUUCACUUCGUUCCUUCUCUCCGUAAGCAUUAUACUGGCGCUGGUUUGUAG